CCAUUUGCUUUUGGACAAUUGCAAUCUAUGGCUUUGAACAUCAUCUGUUUGACAAAAAUGGCCAAAGAAAAAACUUCACUACCAGCAACAUCCCCAACUGGGUUUCUGUCUUUGUCUCUCACUCUCCUCACUUCAUUGUCCUUUUCUCCUUUUCACAUUCCAUUUUUCUCCAUUGGGUUUUCUUCUUGCUCUCCAUGGACCUUAGUGACAAGCAGCAGCAACAGCUGUCGUUGGCUAAGUGUGCAAGGCAGCGAUGCAAUGAAUGGUUUGUUUUCUGUUCUGGGAUUUUUCGUGAUGUUCCAAGCGAUAUUACCAUUGAAGUUAGUGGAGGGACAUUUUCAUUACACAAGUUCCCUCUUGUCUCUCGAAGUGGACGAAUACGGAAGUUAGUUGCAGAACAUAGGGAUUCUGAUAUCUCAAGGGUGGAACUGCUUAAUUUACCAGGAGGUGCAGAGGCAUUUGAGUUGGCAGCAAAAUUCUGUUAUGGAAUCAACUUUGAAAUUACAUCCAUGAAUGUUGCUCAGCUGUGCUGUGUUUCUGAUUACCUUGAAAUGACCGAAGAGUUUUCGAAAGAUAAUCUUGGUUCCCGUGCUGAAGAAUAUCUUGAGAGUAUUGUUUGCAAAAACCUUGAAAUGUGUGUUGAAGUUCUGCAACAAUGUGAAAACCUACUCCCUCUUGCAGAUGAGCUGAGAGUAGUUAGCCGUUGCAUCGAUGCAAUAGCCUCAAAGGCUUGUGCAGAGCAGAUUGCUUCAAGCUUCUCACGCUUGGAGUACAGCAGCUCAGGGAGGCUUCACAUGAACAGGCAAGCCAAGAGCGAAGGGGACUGGUGGAUUGAAGAUCUUUCUGUUCUGCGGGUUGAUUUGUAUCAAAAAGUCAUAACGGCAAUGAAGUGUCGUGGGGUUCGUCCAGAGAGCAUUGGUGCAUCCCUUGUGAAUUAUGCACAGAAGGAGUUGACAAAGAAAUCCAGCUUAUGGAAUCCAUCUAGCCAGGCAAAAGUUGAUUUGCUUUCAGGUUCAAAUGGGCAUGAAAAACUGGUGGUUGAGACGAUUGUCAGCCUCUUGCCCAUUGAGAAGCUUGCUGUUCCAAUCACUUUCCUUUUUGGACUCUUACGAAGUGCAGUGAUGCUUGAUUGCACAAUUUCUUGUAGGCUUGAUCUGGAGAGGAGGAUUGGGUCCCAGUUGGAUAUUGCUACUCUCGAUGAUCUUCUCAUCCCUUCUUUCAGGCAUGCAGGUGAUACCUUAUUUGAUGUUGAUACGGUUCAUAGGAUUUUGGUAAAUUUCUCACAGCAAGAUGAUAGCGAAGACGAUAUGGAUGAUGCUUCCGUUUUUGAAUCUGAUAGUCCCCAUUCACCUUCCCAAACUGCCUUGUUCAAAGUUGCAAAAUUAGUAGAUAAUUACCUUGCAGAAAUUGCGCCUGAUGCAAAUCUCAAGCUUCCUAAGUUCAUGGUGAUUGCAGAUGUUUUACCAACACAUGCACGUACUGUUCAUGACGGGUUAUAUCGAGCCAUUGAUAUUUACCUGAAAGCACAUCAAAAUUUAUCAGAGUUGGACCGGAAGAAGCUAAGCAAACUGAUUGAUUUCCAAAAGCUCUCUCAAGAGGCUGGUGCACAUGCUGCACAAAAUGAGCGUCUCCCUCUCCAGUCUAUUGUACAAGUGCUCUACUUUGAGCAAAUAAGGCUCCGAAAUUCCCUGAGCUGCUCUUAUGGAGACGAUGACCCCAAGCCAACCCACCAGUCAUGGAGGAUCAGCAGUGGUGCACUAAGUGCAGCGAUGUCUCCACGAGACAACUAUGCUUCAUUGAGAAGAGAAAAUCGUGAACUAAAACUUGAGCUAGCACGGUUACGGAUGAGACUAAAUGAUCUUGAGAAAGAACAUGUUUGUAUGAAGAGGGAUAUGGAAAAGUCCAAUUCUCGUAAAUUUAUGAGUUCUUUCUCAAAGAAAAUUGGUAAACUGAGCUUCUUUGGACAUAGUUCUUCAAGGGGAUCAAGUUCUCCAUCAAAACAUUCGCAUAGAACAGAUUCUAAGGUUAUUGAGAGAACAUGUGCAAGUACAGAGUAGGUAAUUAACAUCACUUGGAAUCUUUUUUUCCCCCCUGAAUUUGUUGAGUCUGUAUGUCAUGUUUGUGGUAACCUUUUUUACUAAAUUUUUUUUUUCGCCACCUUGUAAAUGAGUUCUGGCGCUUUGACGUAGCAAGAGAAGGGGGCUCUUCUCAAUUGCAAGUGAUGGUUUUUGGUGAUUACUACUUUGAUGUUUAUACAUAUUUCAAAGAAUGUCUAAUGUGAACAUGCAUAAAAUGCUCAUUGUAUUUAAUUUUGUUGGGACUUAAUUCAUUAUGAAUUGAUUUUGAGAUGAAUA